GUGGUGUGUUGGGGGCACCAGGUGCACGUAGAUGUGUGGACAGUCUGUUAGUGGGCGUCCCUACUCGUAAAGGGGCUCUCUUCACUGUGUGUGUGUGGCCCAUCCAUUCUCACUCCUGUGCUCGUCCUGGGGACAGGGUUCAUAUCGUCCCUCCGCCUCUUGAAUCUUUCCCGCUUACUCUUUUUACAUGACUUUUAAAAAAUAGCGUCUGUUGGGUUUUUUCUCCCCAGUAACAAGUGAUGUGUACUAAUCAUAGAAAACAAAAAUACUUAAAAAGCCAAGAUCCACCACUCAGAAUUAGCCACGGUUAGCAGAUGAAGAUCACAAUAACGCUCCCCCCGCCGCUACGUACAGGCGCCGUGUCCAAAGACUCAGAAGGCUCCUGGGUGCUCUGCGGAGUCCAGGAGUGCCGGGAACCCUAGAAGCAGCCGUGGGUAGAGACAAAACCCAGAACCUACAGCGGAGACCAGAGCCCGGUUUCCUGGGACUUCAGUGAGAAGUCCAGAAGGGGUUGCAGCCUUCACCACAGACUUGGGGACCACCAGAGAGGCCACGGUUUCCUGCUUCCCAGCCUUCUCCCCCACCGUGUCUGCCCUCCUAGCGCCGAUCCUGGGUAUGGAGUUCGUCCUGGGCCUGGUGGGGAACAGCUUGGCACUCUUCAUCUUCUGCUUCCACACGCGGCCCUGGACGUCAAACACGGUUUUCCUGGUCAGCCUGGUCAUUGCCGACUUUCUCCUGAUCAUCAACCUGCCCCUUCGCGUGGACUACUACUUCCUGCAGGAGCACUGGCGCUUUGGGGCCACCGCCUGCAAGCUCAACCUCUUCAUGCUGUCCACCAACCGCUCGGCCAGUGUGGUCUUCCUCACGGCUGUUGCACUCAACCGCUACCUGAAGGUGGUGCGGCCCCACCACGUGCUGAGCCGGGCCUCCGUGUGGGCGGCCGCCAGGGUGGCCGGGGGGCUCUGGGCCAGCAUCCUGCUCCUCAACGGGCACCUGCUCCUGGCUGCCUAUACCGACGGCUCCUGCCUCAGUUACCAGCUGAGCACGAGGUCCUCGGCCUCACUCCACUGGCACCAGGCCCUGUUCAUGCUGGAAUUCUUCCUGCCGCUGGCCCUCAUCCUCUUUGCCAUUGUGAGCAUUGGGCUCACGAUCCGGCGCCGCAGCCUGGGGGGGCAGGCGGGCCCGCAGAGAGCUGUGCGUAUGCUGGCCACCGUGGUGGCCGUCUACACCGUCUGCUUCUUGCCCAGCAUCGUCUUCGGCAUGGCUUCCAUGGUGGCCUUCUGCCUGCAUGCCUGCCACGCCCUCGACCUCUGCACACAGCUCUUCCACGGCUCCCUGGCCAUUACUUACCUCAACAGUGUCCUGGACCCUGUGCUCUACUGCUUCUCGAGCCCCAACUUCCUCCACCAGGUCCAGGCCCUGCUGGGCCUCAGCCAGGGCCGUCAGGGCCCAGCCAGUGAUGAGAGCUCCUACCAGCCCUCCAACCCGGCACCGGGAGGCCUCUGGGAAGGCGCAGGCUGCAGAGAAGCUGCAGGUGGAGGUCUCGCUGGAGGGCCCGCUCAAGUAAGGAGGCCCCUCCCGAGACUGGGGGUUCACAGGGCCGCAGGAGGAAGGACGGCCGGGCUCUGACCUGGAGGGAAAAUGUUGCCAGCACAGGGUGCCUCAACCAGCGGGACAUCUGCAGGAGCCAGGUGGGUGGCAGGGGAAGGAAAGGGUCUUGACCUUACACAGCAGUGUGUCCCAGAUGACAUCCCCAGAGCACAGGAAAGAGCCCGACGGCAGGUGGAGACAGGCAGGGGCUGUGACAGCUCCCCUCCAGACAAAGGGCCACCCAGCAGCCCAGUCCAGGAGCCAGAAUGUGAGGACUGAGAGCACAAGUCUUGCUUUGGAGAUUGGACAGCCACAUUUUCUGUCAUCUCUAACUUGUCCCUUUCAAUGCUAAUAAACUUCCUUUUGAAAAUGCAA